AUGGUUGACCAGCUCAAGCCUAGCCGCAAAUCAGAGAAAUCCAGUCGCAAGUCGGGAAAGAGGCACUCCGACAAACCGCACAAGGUGAAGACCCACGAUCCGCUCAAGAAACAGAAGAAGCGGGCUCUGAAGAAGCUCCGCCGCAAGUCCGCCACCGUGAAUUUCCCGUACCAGCUCUUCCUGUACCGCCAGGAACUAAAGCGGGCCAGCGCCGACUUCUCCUAUCUCCGGCUCUCCAAGGCCAAGAUAGUGCUAACCUCCCAGCUGAUCGCCAAGAAGAUGGGCAGCUGCAAUCCCAAUUGCAGCGUGGACGAGCUCAAGGAACUCAGCCGCGAGGUGCAGUUCCAGAAGCGCCUCUGCCACCAAGUGGAGCGACUGCAGCAGUUCCGGCAGCUCGGUCUCACCGAGAUGAUCCUCAACGGCAAGAAGACGACGCUGUAA